AUGAAGCGUUAUUUACGCUUACCCACUGCCCACGAAAUCUGGAGUGCUCUAUCAAAGGCCUUUUAUUAUGGGAAUGAUGAGUUGCAAGUUUUUGCCUUGAACCAAAAGGCCUUCACCGCCAAACAAAAUGGCAAAUCUCUAUCUGAAUAUUAUGGAGAGCUAACUGAGGUUUUCCGAGAAAUGGACCAUCGAGAUAAAGUGGUCAUGAAAGAUCCGGAUGACAUUGAAAGCAUAUCGGAAGUCUAUCGAGCAACUAAGAAAGGCAUCAACGCUCAUUACCUCGUAGCGCACAACCCCAUCAAUAGAGCAAAGCAUGUUUUACGCCACGAUCCAGUUCCAGACUUGGAAGGUUGCUACUCUUUGGUUCGACAAGAAGUGGUACGUCGUGCAACUCUGAAAAAGGAGUCUGAAAACUCUGAAGCUUCAGUCAUGAUGACUGGUCAUACCAAAAGUCGUUGUUUCGAACUUGUAGGAUAUCCGGAAUGGUGGGAUUAUAGUCGUUGGAAAAAGAAUUCGAUGAAGACCUCUGCUACAGCAGUUGUUAAGACAGAGGAUGAUGGUGCUGAGAAGGCCUUGGUGUUGGUAGUCACUGGUGAUAAUGGUGGUAAGAUUUUAAAUAUUUCUACAUCUGUUGUUAAUAGUGCAUGGAUAAUUGAUUCUGGUGCUACAGAUCAUAUGACUUUUAAUUCUAGACAGGUUUCAUCUCUUAAUUCCUCCUCACAACAUUUUGUUUCUACUGUCAAUGGUACUUCGACCCCAAUUAUUGGGAAAGGAGCUUUGAAACUCCCUGAUAAUCUGCAUUUAGAUUAUGUUUUAGUUGUUCCAUCGUUAGCUUAUAAUCUUUUGUCAGUUUCCCAACUCACCACAGCUUUGUCUUGUGUUGUAAUUUUUUGGCCUGAUUUUUGUGUGUUUAGGGACAUCCAAACAAAGCAGACGAUUGGUUGUGGUAUUAGGCGAGGGAAGCUGUAUUACUUGGACUUGAUAUCGAAAAGUUCCGACAAGCUACGACAAGCAUUGACAGUGGAUGGUUCUGAGGGGGAAACAAAGAAAUCUGAUGGUUCUGAGGGGGAGAAGAAGAAAUAUGAAAUCUGGCUUCGGCAUCGACGUCUGGGGAUGACCUGGUUAUGCCUGAUGAAAUCCAAAAGUGAAGUGAACUUAUUAUUUCAAAAGUUUCAUAAAAUGGUUGAAACUCACUACAAUGCAUAUGUUCAGCAAAACGGGGUUGCAAAGGGAAAAAAUCGGCACUUGUUGGAAGUUGUUCGUGCUUCAUUGAUAGAAGCUCAUAUGCCGUUAUCGUAUUGGGGAGAAACACUUACUGCUGCAACAUAUCUAAUCAAUCGAGUACCUUCCAGCUCUAUUGACUUCCAGACACCAUGGCUCUCACUGACGCAGUUAUUGCUUCAACCGUCCCAAAUCUACCUCCUCAUGUUUUUUGGUUGUGUAGCUUUUGUACACCUCCAUAAGUAUCAACGCAACAAGCUAACUCCUCAGGCAUUGCGAUGUGUUUUUCUCGGAUAUGCUGCUCAUAAAAAGGGGCAUCGCUAUUAUCACCCUCCAACUCGACGAAUGUUCAUCACCAUAGAUGUUGUCUUCCAUGAAGACUCGAUAUAUUUUUCCUCUGCAUUUGAACUUCAGGGGGAGUAG